CAUCUCUCCCGGCUGACAGGCAAGAGUCGGCGUUGGCAUGGGAGGGGGCGGGGAAAGCAGGACGGCGAAGCGGCCGUUGAAGCCCCCUCAUGAAGUCUAUGCCUCCCUCCCUGUUCUCCACUUUAUUUUAGCGUUCGCUUUCUCUCUCCCCCUUCCCCACACCUUUUCGCCCCUCUGCCGUCCCUUGUUGCUCCACAUGCCUCCUUUGGAAGUUGCUCCGCUUCUGCGUUAGACCCCCGUCUGUACUACACAGGUAUAAUGGCUACUUAUUGCAAGAGGAUGCUAGCAAUACUGUUUGCUUUUCAUGGAUUUCUGAUAGCAAGUGCUUACAAUGAUGAUGAUGAUGUACCUGAAGAAUGGCUUCUUCUCCAUGUGGUUCAUGGCCAGAUUGGUGCUGGAAACUAUAGCUACCUGAGGCUAAACCAUGAAGGGAAAAUAGUCCUUCAAAUGCAGAGUUUAAAAGGUGAUGCAGACUUGUAUGUAUCUGAUGUGACCCUUCACCCCAGUUUUGAUGAUUAUGAAUUACAAUCUGUAACAUGUGGCCAGGAUAUGGUUCAUGUGCCUGCACACUUUCACCGCCCAGUGGGAAUAGGGAUUUAUGGCCAUCCCUCUCAUCUGGAAAGUGAAUUUGAAAUAAAAGUGUUCUAUGAUCAAACAGUUGUGGAAUCUCCAUUUGGCGGUGGCUCAUAUAAUCCGGAAGACAUGGAAAUAAGCCGAAAGCAUCUUCAGUCAACAGAAGAUGAGUCUCGGGAUGAAGAAUCAGUCUUUUGGACUAUAUUGAUUGGAAUACUAAAAUUAAUACUUGAAAUACUCUUUUAGAUGUAUAUGCGGUUUACAUGGUCUUUUGAAUGCAAACUGUAAAACUGAAUUCAGGCUAUCUGAUGAAAAUUAAUAUUAGUGUUCUAUGAUGUGGGGGAAGAAAAAAAAGCCAUAACUAAUUUUGUAUUGAAAUGAUUUUGCAUAGCUACACUGUAGCAUGUAUAGUAUUUGUAGUUUUCUCCAAUCAGGGUCAUAGAUGAAUGUUAUAGUUCACUAUGACGUAAAAUAAAAUGUAAAUCCUAUAUAAUUUUUAUGAGAAUUUUAGGACUAUAAAGCUGCAUCACUACUACAUUUAAAUUAUAAAUUCUGCAUUACUUUCAGAUAGAGUAACAGCAGGUUCCAUUUUCAAAAGCAAAUAAUCCUUGUGAGAUGUUAAAGCCUUUAACAAAUAUUGCUGUGUAUCACAAUUUGUUGAAAAGAAAGGUGAGUUACAUUCCUUCACUGCUACUGCAGCAGGAAUUCACAAUGGCACGUUUUCAGUCUGCAUCUAUAUUUGUGCACAGGACAAACAGUAAGUUUCCAUCGUAAAUUCUGAAGAGUACACUUCACAUUAUUUCUAAUGUGGAACUAUUAGAAAAGUUUAAGGAGUAGAAAACAAGAGUAUUGGAAGCAUAUUCAACCAGGUACUUAAAAUUCUCAGUUUAGUCCAUUAUUCUGUAAAAAGACAAUCAUCCAAGGUAGUUAUUAUUUGCAGUAUCCUUCUAAAUUUAGAACUCCCCUUCUGGUAGUACCUUUUGAAAUAUUGUCCCAAAAUAUAACAGUCGUCUUAGUUCACUGGAGUUGACAAAGAUCUAAUUGCCCCUUUUCUUGUAGCUGAAAUAUGAUUGGUAUUAUUAAGAAAAGGAAAUUGGGCUGGAGGCUUUCUAGACCAUUUCUUAUUUUAAUUUAAUUCAAAUAUAUAUGUUUGCCAAGUUCAUAAAAUAUAUUUCUUGUGAAGUGUUCAGAAUAAUAGUCCUUUCCUUUGAGUGGGACAGAGAAUCCAAAUGAUUGCUAUGCAAUAAAUCUGUGCAGCGUUUUCCUCAUAGAAGUGACUGCUAUGUAGCCUUGAAUUGAUUGGACAAUUACAUGCCUAAAGAAUAAGGACAGAAUAUAAUCCUCUGCAUGGGACUACCAAUUAGAAGGAAAGCUGUGAACAGAAUGUACCCAAUAAUCUUCCCCACCAUACUAAAAUUAAAAAAUUUAUUUGGUGAAA